GUUUUUUGACACAAAAGAGCCUUCUAAUUUCUACUGCUCAGAGAGAUUCUCUCUCUCUCUCUCUCUCUCUCUCUCUCUCUCUUCACGUGCCAAUCAUCGACCUAUCAUGUGACCGCCCCGUCCCACUCUCUGCCUGCCUUCACUGCUCUCUGUGUCUGAGUGCUGUAAUGAUCCCCUUCACACACGCUUAGUCGCUUCAACUCGCUUCUUCAAGAUCAAAUUUUUAGCCUUGUUUCUUGAAACCCAGCUAUCAACGUUUUCUCACUGCGCGUCAAGACUAUUUAUUAACACAUACACAGAGUGCCUGCUUUGUGUUUGUUAAUGUGAGCACACUAAAGAUGGGCUGUUUGCAGUCCAAAACUGCCAAUGUCCAGUCCCCUGACCAGGAACCUUCACACCCUGACUCUAAACCAGAUCUGGCAAAUGGGGACCAAGUGGAUCCAGAACAAGUGCCUCCAUUCAAAGAGUUUGGACUUGCAGAACUGCGGGCUGCAACAAAUGGUUUUAGCAGUGAGCUGAUAGUUUCUGAAUGUGGGGAGAAAGCUCCUAAUGUUGUCUACAGAGGAAAGCUCCGAAGUAACCGCCUUGCUGCCAUUAAACGCUUCUCAAAGCAGUCGUGGCCUGAUCCUCAGCAGUUUGUGGCAGAAGCUGCUGGAGUUGGUAAGGUUAGACAUAAGAGAUUGGUGAACUUAAUUGGAUGUUGUGCCGAAGGAGAUGAACGCCUAUUAGUUGCUGAAUACAUGCCCAAUGAUACACUGUCAAAGCAUCUCUUUCACUGGGAAAAACAGCCUCUGCCAUGGGAAAUGCGUGUAAGAGUUGCAUACCACAUGGCACAAGCUCUUGACCACUGCAAUGCUGAAAAUCGGAAAAUUUAUCACGACUUAAAUGCUUACAGAAUUCUUUUUGAUGAGGAAGGUGACCCAAGGUUAUCUAGUUUUGGUUUGAUGAAAAACAGUAGGGAUGGGAAGAGCUACAGUACCAAUCUAGCUUACACUCCCCCCGAGUUUCUGCGCACAGGCAGGGUUAUUCCAGAGAGUGUGAUAUACAGUUAUGGAACUGUUCUUCUGGACCUUCUGAGUGGAAAGCACAUUCCACCUAGCCAUGCCUUGGAUCUGAUAAGAGGAAAAAAUGUUCUACUGCUGAUGGACUCAUCCUUGGAAGGACAAUAUGCUAAAGAAGAUGCUACCACGUUGGUUGAACUUGCAUCUAAGUGUCUCCAGUAUGAGGCCAGAGAUAGACCCGACUUGAAGUUUCUUGUCAAUGCUGUGGCACCACUACAAAAGCAGCAGGAGGUUGCGUCACACGUGCUGAUGGGUCUAACAAAAACCCCCGCUGUUCUGCCCACCACCAUGCUUUCUCCAUUUGGAAAGGCAUGUGCAAGAAUGGAUCUUACUGCCGUACAUGAUAUCCUGCUCAAAACGGGCUAUAAAGACGAAGAGGGUGCUGAGAACGAGCUGUCAUUUCAAGAAUGGACACAACAGGUCCAAGAUAUGCUAAAUACAAAGAAAUUUGGUGAUAUCGCAUUCAGAGACAAGGAUUUCAAGGGUGCUGUAGAUUACUACUCCAAGCUGGUGUCAAUGAUGUCCGUUCCAUCUGGCACGGUUUUUGUGAGGCGGGCUCUCUCGUACCUGAUGAUUGGCCAACCGGAACUGGCCUUAAGAGACGCAAUGCAGGCUCAGGUCUGCUUGCCCGAAUGGCCCACAGCCUUCUACCUGCAGGCUCUUGCCCUUUCCAAGCUUGGAAUGGAGACCGAUGCUCGAGACAUGCUGAACGAUGGCACCUCCUUUGAAGCCAAGAAGCAAAACAGUUGGCGCAACUAAUUUAUUGUAUUCCAAAAAGCUUAGGAAUCCAGUUCUUGUCCACUGCCUGAAAUUAGAUUUUAUUGUAAUGUUGAAGAUUGGAUGAUGAAAAACUCUUAUCAUACGGAUCAGAGAAGUGUAUAAAUCGCUUUUUAGGCUAA